AUGUUCUCCGAAUAUGCCUCUCGCUUCCUACAACAGUCCAACGCUGCUCUCAACUUCAGUCAAUAUCCGGAUAACAACGACGGCUCCAGAAGUCAACGUGCGCGCAGCCCCCUCGACCGCCGGCGUCGACAGCACCUCUCUCCGAACUCACGAUACGUCCAGCGACCGAGCGGAAGCUACUACAUGAAUACCAACGCAAACCCCUACCAAAGCUCGCGGCCAGCAUCGCAAACGCGCUUUCCUUUUGCUUCGAGGCUGGGGAGAAGGGGAGGCGAGGAUGCGCCGCUGUUCUUCCAGGCGGAGGACGACGGCUUGAGGGAGGAGGACGAAGGGCAUGAGCACGAGCGGGAGGUUGCGGACAUGUAUGCGCUGCAGCGAAGUCGGCAGCAGUUUGGUGCGAGCCAUUUGACGGAGAGCUCAGAGCUGGAAGAUGAUGGGAUAGAGGAGGUGAAAGGGCAAAGGCACGAUAGAGACGACAGCCCGAGUCCAGAGCUAUGGAGAGGCAGGGGGAGUCCAGAUCGGCUGUCAAGAGGAGGAAUAGGUCAUCGGAACGAGAGUGUGCCUUCGGAAGCGAGUGCGCCGAGCACUAGAGGGAAGGGCAGACUGGUAGACGUGGAUCUGGCCAGCACGAUAAACGAGGAACCGCCUGCGUCACUUGUGAACCUGCCAUCCGAGGGCGACCCCGACGAACCAUCGACGCCAUUUCAGACAUUUCGAACGACGAAGCAUAGUGGCAAGGAGCCCCGACAAAGCAGCUUCAUGCCGAUGGAGACGGACUCGGAGGCGAAUAUUGCCAUGCCUCGACCGCCCUCACCUGGCGAAAGCGUGCCACCUACAGUCAUAUUACCAUCCCAUGAGCCUCCACGACACGAUGCAUUCUGGGCGACGUUCUUCCAGAUAACGACGUUCGCCAUGUUCGCCGCGUUCGUUCUGAUAUGGUUCCACACCUCCGCGCCGAGCAGCAAGAUACCACUCGGCGACACGAUCUACUCGGCCCUACGAGGGAGUACGAAUAUGCUUCUAUGGGAUACAGUCAUUGCCAUCUUCGUCGCACUUGUCUGGCUGGCACUCCUCCGCAAUUAUGUCCGGACUUUGGUCUACCUUAUGCUCCUCGCGGUCCCUAUCGUCCUAUUCAGCUUCUCGCUCUACCCUCUCAUCUCGAGCUUCAAGGGCACCCACCACGGCUCGAGCAUCCAAGACAAAGCCAUGCGCUGGCUCUCGCCUCUCCCUGCUGUCUUCGCUGCCUUCUGGACUUGGAGCGUCAUCACGAACCGCCACAGCCUGGGCCGCAGCAUCAGCAUCCUCGAGUUUGCCACCAAAAUCCUGGCAGCCUCACCUUUCCUCAUUGUCCUUGGCUUCAUGACCCUUGGUGUGGUUGUCAGCUUCACUUGGAUCUGGAUGCUGAUGUUCGAGCGCAUCUUCCUUGGCGGCCACUUCUCCUCUACGGGCCCGAAGCACUGGAUCCUUUAUGCCAACUCCUGGUGGCUCGGCAUCUUCUUCAUCCUGCAGUACCUCUGGACCCUCGGCGUCAUCGCAGGAGUCCAACGCGCCACUGCCGCCGCUACAGUCAGCCAAUGGUACUUCCACCGCCUCGCCGUCCCGCAACCCACAAGCCAGCAAGUCGUCCGCGCCAGCUUCGCGCACGCCACGCAGGCCCUUUUCGGCACCGUCUGCCUCGGCUCCCUGCUGUCCCUCCUCAUCCGCCUUCCCCUCAUCAUCCUCCCCGGUCGCUUGUCCGGUGUAGUCAACAUGUGCGCCUACUGGAUGAUUCCCACCUCCCUCGCCACUCUCACCAACCCCCUCACGCUCACCUACGCCGCCAUCCACAGCCAACCCCUCGGCAUCUCUGCUAGAGGGCUGGGCCAACUCAGCUUCGUCUCCCGCACGAACCCGAGCAAUACCCUCGGACCCCGCCACUUCCACUCCCGCCGUACACCGGGCCAAGCGCACCAUCCGCAGUCCACGCUCCUGGCCUACCGCCUUGCGAAGCUGCUCCUGCAGGCGACGAAAUGGAUCAUGUCCCUCGCCCUCGGCUUCGGCGGCUGGGUGCGCGUGGCGCACAAUUUACGUCUCAACUCUCCAUCGGAUGGUGCGGGCAUUAAGGGGAGUCUGUACGCGUACAUUGUGGCGCUGAUCGCGGGCACGAUUGGUUUUGCGGUGCUUGGGGCGGUGGAGAAUGUGGUGGGGGGUGUGGUGGAUGCGGCGGUGGUGUGUUGGGCGAGUGAGACGGCGGGUGGGGAUGCGGAGGCGAGGUUUUGUCGGGAGGCGGGGGGGUUGUUUGGGGGUGAGGACGGGGUGUGA